AUGGCAUGGGUUUCCCGAUCCAUACGAGAAAUAUCAAUAACCAAUCCAACAACAACGGGAGAAAAUAUUGGGCCGGGCUGCUAUCUAUCUCAUGAUCCCAUUGGACGCACUCCCCGAUAUGCAUCGGCACCUUUCUCAUCAACAGAAAAGAGAAAAACAAUUACUUCUACAGAAAAAUUCCAAACACCAGGCCCAGGUUCCUAUCAUAAACCACUAGAGUCACCUUAUGAGCCUUAUAAAAAAGACGCUUCAAGCGUUUUCAAGUCAGCAACAUCAAGAUUUAAUCAGUCCUCACUUAUUCAAAGCCAAGAAUUACCAGGACCAGGAUCUUACUUUAACCAUGACACAGAACAAUAUUUAAAACGAAAAACUGGCUCACCUAAGAAUAAGCGAACGAGCUCUCCUCGUCAUCUUUCAACAGCUCCAUCCAUUCCAGCCAAUUCUCAAUCUCAUGGAUAUGAGGAAGGCCCCAAUGGCGAAUUAAUAAGACAAUCCUCACCUGUUCGGGGGUACAAAGGAACACAAGAUGAUUCCAUCGGGCCAGGGGCAUACUUUUCUGACGAAAACACAACUAAUUCUAAGAGUCUUAAAAACCAAGGAAUAUUCAGUAGCAACACAAAAAGACACCUAUUCAAACUACAAGACACACCAGGACCUGGAACAUAUUCUGAUCAAGGUCAUUCAUCUUCACAUGCCGAUCUUCGAAAUUAUGUCUCUGUUUUCAACUCAAAAACGAAACGAUCGUCUUUGAUUCCACCCGACAAGUUAAAGUCAACAAAUCUGGGUCCUGGAUCGUAUGAAACCAAAGAACCUAAAUAUAUGAAGGAGAAGAAAAAACAGUUGCCUUUUGGAAGUACAACCUCAAGACCCUUGGAUGCAUCAAUCUCAACAUCGUUCAUGAAUACUCCAGGUCCUGGUGAAUACUUUAAAAAAGAUAUAAAUGACCUACCCACGAAUCAAGAUGUUGCAAAAGUUCAUGGAGCCUUUAAUUCCAAAUCUGAAAGAUUUAUUUACAGAUCAGACACUACUGAGCUGGGCCCUGGUUCAUACAUCAGUCACGAUUCAAAUAGCCUUCUAUCUGAGCUUUCAAGGAAAACAAAAGGGAGUUAUGGAGUUUUUGGAAGCACGACAGCUCGAUUCACAUAUCGAGAAACAAAGCCUUCAGCACCUCCACCAGGUUCCUAUAAUCCCAGUGACAUUUCUCAAUAUGAUAUAAGGAAACCAGAUCAAAGAUCCUUUGUUUUUCAAUCGAGAACUAAACGCACGAUGCAUUCAGAAAAGAAGCCAGACAAAGACGUAUUUCCUUCAGUAGGACAGUAUCACACCUCAGAAAACUGGUCAAAGAAGAGCUUUAAUAUUUCUGAUCCGAAAACACACGGAUUUUCCUCAUCUAGCAAGAGAUUUAGAGACACGAAGAUACUCGACAAAGCUACCUUGCUUGGUCCAAAUUAUUUACCACCUGGAAUGGCUAAUCAAAAACCAAAAGGAAUUAAUAUUGCCAAGUCAUUGGGACACUCUGCUCCGCUUUUAGAAAAUAGUAACAACCAAAAUUUGGGUCCAGGCUCGUACGAUUCAACGCAGACAUGGCUAAAACCUUCUUACAAUGUUACCAUAGCACAAUAG